GCCCAAGGAAAGACCGACCAAACAAAAGCACAGCGGAAGUCUUUUUAGUUUGUCAAAGAGGCAAAGAGGAGACCUGUAGGCUAUAGAGAGCCCACAGGGACAGGAGCCUGUCUUUGGGAGAUCAAUCCCUGCUCCAACGGACUCCUCCUCUGCUCUACAAGGUACAUGGUAUCGUAUCUUUCAUGGUGUCACUGUCACCUUUCAACAAUCAGGCAUGAGAAUCUUCUUUUAGGAUUUGGUCUCAAGUAUGGUUUUGGUGAAUGGUUAUGUGAGCCAAAAAAUCAGCAAUUUUGACUUGAAAUCGUAGAUUUAUUAUUAAAUUGUUAGUAAAAAAAGAAACGAGGUCAACAGGGAGAUACAACUCCAAAUCCAGAUAAUUCUGUAGUGGGAUUCUGAUUGGUAACUUUGGGUUGAUCUGGGGAGCUGGAAUUUGGUAUGGCUGUUGCCAAGAGCAACAGCAGCCGUGACUUGUUGAAGCAACCGUGCAAUUGUUACACAGUUUCAAGCUUAACUCAUACCAUUUUGGAUACAAAUCAGACUUCAAAUUUGAAGGAUAGGUAUGUUCUUGGAGAGCAGCUGGGUUGGGGACAAUUUGGUGUUAUUAGAAUGUGCACUGAUAGGUCGACUGGAGAGAAAUUGGCAUGCAAAUCAAUUGCUAAGGAUAGAUUAGUGACCUCAGAUGAUGCUAGAAGUGUCAGACUCGAGAUUGAGAUAAUGACUAGGUUAUCUGGGCACCCAAAUGUUGUGGAUCUCAAGGCAGUUUAUGAGGAUGAGGAUUAUGUUCAUUUGGUAAUGGAGCUUUGUGCUGGAGGAGAGCUUUUUCACCAGUUAGAAAAGCAGGGACGAUUCUCUGAGGUGGAGGCUAGGGUUAUCUUCAGGCAUUUGAUGCAAGUGGUGUUUUAUUGUCAUGAAAUCGGGGUGGUUCACAGGGAUCUGAAGCCAGAGAAUAUCCUUUUGGCUACAAAAGCCUCAUCUUCACCUAUUAAACUGGCAGAUUUUGGUCUUGCAACCUAUAUCAACCCUGGUCAGAAUUUGCAUGGGACUGUUGGGAGUCCAUUUUAUAUAGCCCCAGAUGUAUUGACAGGGGGCUAUAAUCAGGCUGCCGAUGUUUGGAGUGCAGGGGUGAUUCUUUAUGUUCUUCUUAGUGGGACACCACCAUUUUGGGGUAAGACUAAGUCACGAAUAUUUGAUGCUGUAAGGGCUGCUGAUCUGCGAUUCCCAUCUAUUCCUUGGGAUUGGAUAACUGAAUCUGCAAAGGAGUUAGUCAGGGGCAUGCUUUGUACUGAUCCUUCGCGAAGGCUUACUGCACAACAGGUUUUAGAUCAUUCCUGGAUGAAGGAUGAUGCAUUAUGUCCUGAAGAACCUAGUCAAUGUGAAAAGCAAAGUUGUGAAGAAUGGGAUUUAGGUGGUGGCUCUUUCUCUACAUUGAUGGCCAGGAAUCAGGACGUAAGCUUUGGCACUGGAUCACCUAUUACUUGUGAUACUGAAUCACCUACUCUCGGAUGCAGAUCAUCAUUUUCUUCUUUCCUUGUGGAACCUUCAACACCUUCCUCUGUAUCUGGUCUGUUCUCUUUCUGUAGCCGUGGCGAUUCUGAUGCCUUGGAAUUUUCUUCCCCUGUAUUAUCAAUGCCAAGCUUUGCUAUCUUCAGCCAUGGUCCUUUGAUGGAGCAAGGGAGUUGUGCAUUGGAUCUCUCAAACAAUAUUUCCAAUUUAAGUGAAAGUUAUGGAGAGGUCAGCUUGGAGAAUAUGCUCAUGUUCCCUCAAUAUCCUCUAUUCUGUGGACAUGAAUCUAGGGAAAUGGAACAGAAGUCAGCUGAUGUUAAGAGGUCAGGAGGAGCCAUCGGGUCUAGGAUGGGCAUGAACAGUAAGAGGAACCAUACAAUUGGUCUCGGUGAGUGUGAGCAACUCAAUCUCAUGGUGACCGAGUCAGUUAUCCGAUGGGCAUCAUGCACGCAUCUUCCAACUGCUCCAUCUCUUAGUCUUCUGUUGUCUGUUGAAACUUGAAAGAGAGGGCCAGUUGGCAGCCUGAAGCUACAGAAUGAAACUGGAGGCUGUGAUGGAUGAUUGAGAUGGAGAAAGUAGCAUGCCCACACCAGUUUCUGCUAGCCAAUGUAUUUGUAAAUAUGUUUGUUUUCCUGUUUUGCUGAAUCAUGGUGAGAAAGUCCUAGGCAAGCUUCAAAGGGUGGUGUGAUUUGAGUGACGUCUUUUUGUUAUCUUCAAUUUGUGCACUACUAGGUAGCCAAAAUAACAAGCUGCGAGUAAUAGUCUUCUGCCUUGUGUAUAAAACUAAAUUUUCAUUGUAGAUAAAUUACCUCUUUUGAUCUCUGAGCAA